AUGAGUGGGUCGAAACACAUCCAACUCAAGUCCCGGCGGUUGCCAUUAUGGCUGCAGAUGCAAGUCUGGGCGGGUAGCAUGCUCUAUCAUGGGGAAACCCCCUUCGGUCAAGAAGGCCAGACACUUCGGCUGCCUCGCAAUCGGAUACUCAAGCUUGACUGCCUCAAAAACGAGCUCGAGGCCAUGGAAUUUGUCAGAAGCCGAACCAACAUACCAAUACCACGCAUUUUAAAGGUUUACGAGUUCGGUGAACGCAAUCACCCAGUGAUGGAGAUGGCAUCAAGUGCUCCCCGGGACGUGGAAGUGGACUACCGCCAGAUGACCCCCGAUCAAGUCAAAAAUUUCGGAACCGAGCUUGGGGGCUAUAUUCAGCAUCUCAGGAGCCUCAAGCCUCCAACGGAUGGUAUAAUUGGAUCGGUAAACCUUGGCAAAAAUCACGACCCCCGCCUUGAUGGCAGCGCGUGGGGUCCUUUCCACGGCGUUGCAGAUUUCCACACCUAUCUCCGUCUAGGUCAUCCCUUAAGUCACUGGGAAAACGAGCCAGACGUGACGCUCGCGCACUCCAGGCCUGAACAGUACUCUAUCAAAUUUACACACGCGGACUUGCAACCUAACAACAUCCUCGUCAAGAACGGCCACAUCACAGCAAUCAUUGGCUGGGAGUUUGCCGGCUGGUAUCCUGAAUACUGGGAGUACACCAAGAUGCAUUGGAAUCACAGUCCAUUGUGGGAAAAGUUUUAUCGAGCGGUCGAGCAGGAAGCAGGCAUUCCGAAGUAUCCGGAGGAGCUUGCGGCAGAGACGGCUAUCUGGAAGUAG